AUGCGUCUCAUCUCUCAGGAUACUAUGUCACAGUAUUCUACUAACUUUCUCUUGCUUCCCAUACCAGAGUAUCCUGUCUUAGACUGUGUGCCCAACAAAAUCAUCAAGCUGGUGGUGCUGGGUGGCAGUAGCGUUGGCAAGACAGCCCUGGUUGUGCGCUUUCUCACCAAGAGAUUUAUUGGAGACUAUGAAGCCAAUACUGGUGCUUUGUAUUCAAGGAAGUUCACCAUAGAUGGGGAACAGAUCUCUCUCCAGGUGCAGGAUACUCCCUUUGUUUCACUGGAGGAUGACACUGACAGCAUCUGCUGCCAGGAGCAGAUAAACCGGUCAAUCUACUGGGCAGAUGGCUUCGUUUUUGUUUACUCCAUCACAGACUACGAGAGCUACCGAGUCAUCCGGCCCCUCCACCAGCACAUCCGCAAGAUUCACCCCAACGCUAACAUCCCCCUGCUUCUGAUGGCCAACAAAGGGGACCUCCUGCGAGCCAGGCAAGUGUCCUCCAAAGAAGGCCUCCAGCUGGCCAGUGAACUGGGAGGUACUUACUAUGAAGUAUCAGCCCGGGAGAACUGUGAGGGAGUGCAUGAAGCCUUCCAACAGCUUUGCCAGGAGGUUAGCAGAAUGAUUGGGAGCUGCAAUGGAGAGAAACGAAGAGGUCUCCACCUUGUCCGACCCAAGUCUCCAAACAUGCAGGACUUGAAGAGACGUUUGAAGCAGGCUCUGACUUCCAAAGGGAAAUCUGCUACUACACUUUGA